AUGCGGGACGAGAACCCGAACCGAGGCCCGAACCUGGAGCGGGCCGCCGAUUACUGGCCUCUGCACACGGCCACCGACAGGAAGUACAUCACGCUGGCGGUUAACUCGUCGGCGAUCGGUGUCGGGCCGAAGGUCAAACGAUGCGCCUUCUGGCAGAAGCAUCUACCGCAGCUGCAGGCAGCAACAGUGGACUUAUCGGACGCCGAGGCCGACUGGAAGCUGCAGUUCUCCCACUGGAAGGACGAGUACAUCGUCAACUGGCGCAACGAGUUUGACAACUACCAGCUGUUCAUGCGGCGUCAGAACGAGCUGAUGCGAGCGCACCAGGAGCGCUGUGUGCAGCCGGGCUUGUACGGACCCUCCUACGUGCCGCCCAUGUUCCCGUGGGUACAAACGUAGCCGCCCGGCCGUCUCCGGCCGCGGCCUGGCCGGACGACCCGGCCGGCUCGUGGCCGCGGCGACGAUGGUCCGGUCGGGUCUGGGCCAGGAUAGCGCAUCGAUCGGGCCGGGCAUUAAACACUCGCGGCCCCGGCCGGGUCGGAUGGCGGGGAUAAACAGC